AGCCCGGACUGCGCGCUCGCCCGCCGCGCUCUGGGCGGCCGGACCCAGCGGCCGGACCUCGCGCCCCGCGCCUCCGCCGCCGGCUUUUGUUGUCUCCGCCUCCUCGGCCUCCCGACCGCGAGCCGCACGCCGGGACCUUGGCUCUGCCCUUCGCGGGCGGGAGCUUCGCGGGCCCGGCUGGGAUCUGAGAGAGGCGCGGGCGGGCGGCCGGGGGCGCCGCUGGCCCCACCAUGGAGCUCCGGGCCCGAGGCUUGUGGCUGUUGUGCGCGGCCGCCGCGCUGACCGCUUGCGCCCGCGGGGACCCUGCCAGCAAAAGCCGGAGCUGCGGCGAAGUCCGCCAGAUCUACGGGGCCAAGGGCUUCAGCCUGAGCGACGUGCCCCAGGCGGAGAUCUCGGGUGAGCAUCUGAGGAUCUGCCCCCAGGGCUACACCUGCUGCACCAGCGAGAUGGAGGAGAACCUGGCCAACCGCAGUCGCGCCGAGCUGGAGACCGCCCUUCUGGACAGCGGCCGUGCCCUGCAGGCCAUGCUUGCCACCCAGCUGCGGGGCUUCGACGAUCACUUCCAGCACCUGCUGAACGACUCAGAGCGGGCGCUGCAGGACACCUUCCCCGGCGCCUUCGGGGAGCUGUACACACAGAGCGCCAAGGCCUUCCGGGACCUGUAUGCCGAGCUGCGCCUCUACUACCGUGGGGCCAACCUGCACCUGGAGGAGACGCUGGCCGAGUUCUGGGCCCGCCUGCUCGAGCGCCUCUUCCCGCAGCUGCACCCGCAGCUGCUGCUGCCCGACGACUACCUGGACUGCCUGGGCAAGCAGGCCGAGGCGCUGCGGCCCUUCGGGGAGGCCCCGCGUGAGCUGCGCCUGCGGGCCACCCGCGCCUUCGUGGCGGCACGCUCCUUUGUGCAGGGCCUGGGCGUGGCCAGCGACGUGGUCCGGAAGGUGGCCCAGGUGCCCCUGGGCCCGGAGUGCUCACGGGCCGUCAUGAAGCUGGUCUACUGCGCGCACUGCCUGGGGGUCCCCGGCGCCCGGCCCUGCCCGGACUACUGCCGCAACGUGCUCAAGGGCUGCCUGGCCAACCAGGCUGACCUGGAUGCCGAGUGGAGGAACCUUCUGGACUCCAUGGUACUCAUCACCGACAAGUUCUGGGGACCGUCGGGCGCAGAGAGCAUCAUCGGCAGCGUGCACUUGUGGCUGGCAGAGGCCAUCAACGCCCUCCAAGACAACAAGGACACACUCACGGCCAAGGUCAUCCAGGGCUGCGGGAGCCCCAAGGUGAACCCCCAGGGCCCUGGAUCCGAGGAGAAGCGGCGCAGGGUCAAGUUGGCACUGCAGGAGAAGCUGCCCACAGGCACCCUGGAGAAGCUGGUCUCUGAGGCCAAGACCCAGCUACGUGAUGCCCAGGACUUCUGGAUCAGCCUGCCAGGGACGCUGUGCACCGAGAAGAUGGCCAUGAGCACUGCCAGUGAUGACCGCUGCUGGAAUGGGAUGGCCAAGGGCCGGUACCUCCCUGAGGUGAUGGGUGAUGGCCUGGCCAACCAGAUCAACAACCCCGAGGUGGAGGUGGACAUCACCAAGCCUGACAUGACCAUCCGCCAGCAGAUCAUGCAGCUGAAGAUCAUGACCAACCGGCUGCGCAGCGCCUACAACGGCGACGACGUGGACUUCCAGGACGCCAGUGACGAUGGCAGUGGCUCAGGCAGUGGCGGUGGCUGCCCAGAUGACGUCUGCAGCCGGAGGGUCAACAAGAAGAGUUCCAGCUCACGGACGACACUGACCCAUGCCCUCCCCGGGCUGUCCGAGCGGGAGGGCCAGAAGUCCUCAGCCACCAGCUGCCCCCAGCCUCACAUGUCCCUCCUGCUCCUCCUCCUCACCCUGGUCCUCUCAGCGGCCAGGCCCCGGUGGCGGUAACUGCCCCCGUCCCAGGGACGGAGGCCAAGGACUGACUUUGCCAAAACGCAAAACAGAUGAUAUUUAAUUC